UGUGUGUGUGCCGUGUCGGGCUCCCCCCAGCCCCCCGUUUUCCCGUCGAGUGAUGCACUUGGAAUGAGAAUCAGAGGAUGGAAAUAGUCUGGGAGGUGCUUUUUCUUCUUCAAGCCAAUUUCAUCGUCUGCAUAUCAGCUCAACAGAAUUCACCAAAAAUCCAUGAAGGCUGGUGGGCGUACAAGGAGGUGGUCCAGGGAAGCUUUGUUCCAGUUCCUUCUUUCUGGGGAUUGGUGAACUCGGCCUGGAAUCUUUGCUCCGUGGGGAAACGGCAGUCGCCAGUCAACAUAGAGACCAGCCACAUGAUCUUCGACCCCUUUCUGACACCGCUUCGCAUCAAUACCGGGGGCAGGAAGGUCAGUGGGACCAUGUACAAUACUGGAAGACACGUGUCCCUGCGCCUGGACAAGGAGCACUUGGUCAACAUAUCAGGAGGGCCCAUGACAUACAGCCACCGGCUGGAGGAGAUCCGGCUACACUUUGGGAGUGAAGAUAGCCAAGGGUCAGAGCACCUCCUCAACGGACAAGCCUUCUCUGGGGAGGUGCAGCUCAUCCACUAUAACCAUGAGUUGUAUACAAAUGUCACAGAAGCUGCAAAGAGCCCAAAUGGAUUGGUGGUAGUUUCUAUAUUUAUAAAAGUUUCUGAUUCAUCAAACCCAUUUCUUAAUCGAAUGCUCAACAGAGAUACUAUCACAAGAAUAACAUAUAAAAAUGAUGCAUAUUUACUACAGGGACUUAAUAUAGAAGAACUGUAUCCAGAGACCUCUAGUUUCAUUACUUACGAUGGGUCGAUGACUAUCCCACCCUGCUAUGAGACGGCAAGUUGGAUAAUAAUGAACAAGCCUGUCUAUAUAACAAGGAUGCAGAUGCAUUCCUUACGCCUGCUCAGCCAGAAUCAGCCAUCUCAGAUCUUUCUGAGCAUGAGUGACAACUUCAGGCCCGUCCAGCCCCUCAACAACCGCUGUAUCCGCACCAACAUCAACUUCAGUUUACAGGGGAAGGACUGUCCCAAUAACCGGGCCCAGAAGCUUCAGUAUAGAGUAAAUGAAUGGCUCCUCAAGUAGGGAACUAGCCCAAGAAGAAUUCCAUCUCAGCGAAAUGCUACAACUGUGAACUGACAUAACCUGGAAUGUCCCCUUCUUUCUUCUCGCUCCUUCCCUUUUCUCAAGCCUCAUUCACUCUUUGGAUUGGCCCCAUCUUCAUGAAAAGUGUCUGCAAAACCAUGGCAGAAGACACACACGCACACACACACACACACACAUACAUAUGCACACACCUGCAAACAUAUCUACACACAUACAUGCACAGCCUUCAAGAUGAGAAGUCAAGUUUUCAGAAACAAAAGGUUCAUUCAUAAGAGGUCUUAGAAGAAAAUAACCAGUUAACCUGAUUACAAUUUUGAUACUGUUUUCCUGAACUAAUAAAUCUACCCAAUGAGACUUUUCAGCCUUUGUACAUACAGAAUUCUUCCAAAACAGAGAGGAGGAAAUAUGGCUCUGACAGCAUCAAGCAGACUGUGUGCUUUGCAUCGAGUAAUCUCAGAUAGUGUCCUAGGAUCCUUGGAGGGUGCUGGUGGCAGGUGAGCCAGGACAGAGGUGGCCAAGGACACUUAUUUCUAGAUUCUGAUUCUUCUGUUUACUCAACAAUUUAAAAAGAAAAAAAAGGACAGACAUUGAAGAGAUACACAUUGUAUAUAUAUAUCACCGCAGACUAUAAAGAAAUUGAAUUAUUUCCCCUUUGUCACAUAUCUGUAGUAGGAUUUGCCAAGAUCAGAUCCAUUUGCUGUUUCUUGUUUUCCAAAGAUCAUACAUUGUGUUUGGUUAUUGUUAACAGCUCAAUAAAUGGGUUUAACGACUUAAUUUUAUUUUUCUGGCUUUGGUCUGUUCUCCCUCCUUACAGGCUAAGCCCUGGCCCCAUGCAGCUGCAUUCUUUGGUUUCACUUGUUCCUUCAUCUACGUGUUUUGUUCAUUUGCAGCCCGUUUUUUACUGAGUUUGUGGCAAUCAGGAAUGCAUUUGCUAAGCAAGUAUAACUUUAAUUACCCUCCGUGGCUCCAUCAUUCAUACGAGGGGAGCUCCAGCCUGAGCUAGCAGGCUACCGAUUCCUUGCGUUUUAAAACUGCCAUCCCCCGCCCCCUGUGAUGCUCCCUUGAAGGAAUGCACUUUGCCUUGUAAAUUCCUGGGGAAGGGGUGUCUUUUCUCUCCGGGUGCAGCUGGGUCUCACAAAGUACAAACGAAUGCCUUUCUUUCCUUGUUUAUAAUGGUCACUCACUGUGUUUGGUUACUGUCAAGAAAUCAAUAAAUGUGUUUAACAAGUUA